AUGGGUGGUGACGACCUCCAGCUCUUGCUUCCGGCUGGGACUCUGAGUUGGUGGAAUUCGGGGGACUGUUGCUGUGCUGGGCCCGAUGUCCUGGGCCUACGGCGACAGUCCUUGCACAGAGCCCGUUCCCACCUUGCGCUCUCCGUCCCCGCAGGGGCCAAGGGCAUCGUCAGCAGCGGCCUGAUCCCCUUGCUGGUGCGCAAGCUGCACCGGGAGGAGGAGAACAUCCAGGAGAUCUUGCUGGACACGCUGGCGGCCUGCCUGCAGGAGGACGCCACCGAGGCGCUCAACAGCCGCGUGGUGCCCUUCCUCAAGGAGAAGCUGCUCAGCCCCAACGACAACAUCCGCUGCAAGGCCGCCCGCACGCUCAUCGCCGUCAGCAUCCCUCUGGAGGGCAAGAAGCAGAUGUGGCGGCAUGACGUCAUCCCCAUCCUGGUGCACCUGCUGAGGGACCCGGUGGAGGAGGUGAAGGCCAACGCCGCGGGCGCCCUCAUGUACGCCACGGUGACCACGGAAGGGAAGUACGCGGCCCUGGAUGCGGACGCCAUCCACUCGCUGCUGCGCCUGCUGGCCUCGUCCUUGCAGAAGGCCCGCCUGAACGCCAUCAAGGCCCUCACCAUGCUGGCGGAGGCCCCCGAGGGCCGCAGGAUCCUGAGGGCCCACGUGCACGCCUUGCGAGUCCUGGAAGUGGGGGACCCCAGCAAGACUGUGCAGCGGGCGGCCCAGGUGGCCAUCAAGGUCAUCGAGUGGAAGCCCUGA